UGAUGAGUUGUUUUUCUGGUUUGAGACAGACAGAACACAUAAUAUACAAUAUCUUCAGUCCAGUGGGUAGUGCACCAAACUUGGUGGUCAAAUGUGUAGAAUUAAUAAUUUAUAAAUAAUAUAAUCAUCAUAAAUAACAAAAUGAUCCCCCGGAUCCUGUGCCUCAUCCUAUCCGCGACCCUGGCCCUGGCCGCCGUCGAGCUGGACUCACGCAUCUCCGACAACCUCAAGCAGAUCUUCGGCACCCCGGAGCACCCUUUGAACAGCACGGAGGAAGUGAAUGUGAAGAAGAACAUCAAGGAUAUCUUCAGCCCUGCGGACAAGACUGGAGAGAAUCGGGCGGGCGAGGAGAUCUCGCUGGAUCCUUCGACAGAUGACCCGAAGCUGACCCCCUGCACUCGCAGCGACAACCAGCCCGGGGUCUGCGUGGUCUACUACCAGUGCGACCCCGCCAGCAAGAAGCUCAUUACUGAUGGAGACACCCUCAUCGACAUCAGGAUCUCAGCAUGCCCCCACUACCUGGACGUGUGCUGUCUGCCGGAAGCCAUCAACACCACAGAGCCAGUCACCACCGCCGCGCCGCCCGCCAACCCUGAGGAGGAGAAGCCGGAGGCGUGCGGCUACAGCCACCUCGGGGACGAGAACCCCAUCCGCAUCAUGAACGACGGCACCCUGGCCGAGUACCUCGAGUUCCCCUGGAUGGUGGCUGUGCUCAGAAGGUCCAAAUCCGGCGGCGCGGACGCGGCGUGGUCCCAGAAGGACUACCUGGGCGGGGGCAGCCUCAUCCACCCGCGCGCCGUGCUCACCACCGCGCACAAGAUCGAGGGCGUCACUGCUGAUGAUCUGAAAAUCCGCGCCGGCGAGUGGGACACGCAGACUCGGAGCGAGAUCUACCCGGAACAAGAAAUGAACGUGCAGAAAAUUGUACGACACGAGAACUUCUAUAGACCAUCAGUCCUCAACAGCGUGGCGCUGCUGUUCCUGGAGCGUCCGGUGACGAGGAUGCCCAACGUGGGCACCGCCUGCCUGGGGAGGCGCCUGCCAGAGCCGGGGACCAGGUGCAUCAGCAUGGGAUGGGGCAAGGAUAAGUUCUUCGCUCAGGACUCCUACGCAACAUUCCUGAAAAAGGUGGAGCUACCGCUCGUCUCCCGCUCCUCCUGCCAGACGGCGCUGCGUCGCACGCGCCUCGGCUCGUUCUUCCAACUGCACAACUCGCUGACGUGCGCGGGGGGAGAGGAGGGGAAGGACACGUGCGGGGGGGACGGGGGGUCGCCGCUCGUGUGUCAUAUUGGGGACGAGAAGGACCUCCGCUACGCGAUCUACGGCAUGGUGGCGUACGGCAUCGGGUGCGGCGACCGCGGCGUGCCCGGGGUCUACGUGGACACUACGGAGUUUUAUACGUGGAUAGAGGAUAAGAUGAAGGCGGAGGGGCUGAGCGGGGAUACGUAUACUAUUGAUGAGAGUUAAUAGAUGGCGCUGUUU